GAAAUGCCGUCUCCUUCCGCGACAAAAAUGUUCAUCGACACACAAACCGCACAACGGACCCUCGGUCCCAACCUUCAAGUUACGGGAGCUGCGGGUUAUUCAGCCAACGAAUCGCCUUUACUGGAAACUUUUGUCGGCCAAGAUGCUCCCCCACCUAGCUAUCUGGAAGCCACAACACCAUUGCCCUGGGCAGGCCGCCCAGGAGGAGACGAAGGUGCGAGACUUCUUGAAGAUGGAAACAGAGUGCCAGUGACUCCUAUGCGGGAAGAGUACAAAGAUGGAAAGUACAGAAGAAAAGGAUUUGUCGACUGGUUCACCAGGAGAAGGAUCACGAGGGGUCUGCUAGUGAUUGCUGCAAUCAUCUUGAUUGGAGGGAUUUUUGCAGCUUUUGCAGGAAGGGGAAAAACAAACCAAACUGCAACCAUUCCCGCGCAACCCGCCGCCUCAAGUAUUCCCAUCACCAGUCCUCCAAAGACUGACGGCAAGCAAUCUUUCCCCAUUCGCUGGCCUUCGCGCUGCGGCAAGAACAACUACAACGUAAAUACGCAAGAAUUCGACUUUGGAGCCGCGCCCUCCCUUUCCAUCGUGGAAGCCAUCCACCAACUCGAUGGCCCCUAUAAGCGUGUCUCAGGCUGGAUACACGUUGCACCCGCCCCAGCUGAUCAAGCUGCAGGCACAAUCCAGGCUAAACUCUCCUAUGCAGUAUCGAAGACCGUCGACGUAGCCAGCGUCAAGUACGCAUACACUGCCGACAGCCUAACAAUUGGCGACCCCACAUUUCCAGAUGGCUUCGACGGCAUCCACAAGAAAGGCAGCGCGUGCUUGGGCAUCUCUGUAACGCUCUACGUCGCCCCCGGUGCCAGCAUCGACAACCUCAAUAUCCAAUCCACCCACCUCGGCAUGCAAGUCCACAACGGCGUCAACUUUGCCGUCACGAACACAACCGCAAUCUCCCUCACCACCGGCACCCUCGACUCCGUCUCCUUCAACUCGCGCGAAACCCACCUCCGCACCAUCUCGGGCUCCAUCUCAGGCAAAUACUCCCUCUUCGACCUCAUCAAAAUCGACACAAAAUCCGGCUCGGUCAACGUAAACAUCGAGCCCAAAGACGCAGUCGAAGGCUCCUCACCAUCGGCAGUCUUCUCCGCGAGCUCGCUCUCCGGCACGAUCCGCGCAGACUUUAUGCGCAAACGCAUCCCCGCCCGUGACUACCAAGUCAACAUCAGCGCCACAGUCGGAUCCGUAGAAGGAACCUUCAUCCACGGCUCCACGACCACCCUGCGCACCAUCGAAGGCCAGAUCAACGCAGACCUCCUCCCGUACAACCCCAACGGCGCAGACGAGUCGUCGACGCUAACAACGUCCACCACAGAUGGCCAGACUAUGAUCAAGCUCCGCGCGCCGUAUAAAUCGUCGCCAGAGUCUGCCACGUCCAUGACGAAGCUCGUCUCGAACCACAAAAGCAUCAGCGGCGUGAUGGAUCUUACGUACCCGCAAGCUUGGCAAGGGAGGCUCGAGGGCCAGAGUUUCAAUGGCACCGUGCAUUUGCAGGGCGAAGAUCUCGAGUUGACCAAGCAGGAGGAGCUGGAGGGGUUCAACCGCGUGGAAGCUAAGAAAGGGGAGGGGGCGAGCACGUUGGUGUUUGGGACUGUUAGUGGGGGUUGUGAGGUUAAAGUCGGGAACUUGGGUUAAGUUCACACAGGUAUCAAAGGGAUCUGAAUGGCAGGUUCUGUUGGAGUUGGUGUGCUGGUGUGUUGUGUUCCGAGGUGGGAGUUUGGGUCGCGAGGCAGGAUGCGAUGGGGUGGAGGUGUUAACGUUUUUUCCUUUUCGCUGAUCUGGCUUUGAUCACGUAUUAUACCAUAGAGUCGCUUAAAUGAUCGACUGAAUUCUUGUUCUAUUAUGCUCAAUAUCUUUGUGUUUAUAUAAGUGAUGGGAACAUUAAAUCGUGUUUAUACUACUCGUCCAGGGCGAAGUGGGAUGGCCAUCGAUUCCAAUUCCUGUAAACAUGAUGUCUGAGAAAAGAGGACGGCGGGAUAGUCCGUGUGCUUUCCCACCCACGACAUGAUAUCAUCAAUUCACUCCCCUUCGUACAUUUGAUUUGCACCCAGUGGGCGAUUUACCUCGGAGUGUAAAAUUCUGACGAUUAAAAAGCUGCCCAAACUAACAUCUAGCUACCCAGGACAUCGCAGGUCUGCUCAAUAUAAUCCCCUAUCCGCCCUGAUCCGAUGACGAAGCACUCGUUCCUAAUUGGAAACUAAGAUAUACCAGCCUAUCCCUGCACCACUAACCCCUCGGUGCGACGCGGACGAUCGCACAGUCACCAUCCAGGCAUCUAGCCACGAACGAAGCACCGUUCGCUGGCUGCUGGUGAGGCGUAGGGCUGUGUUUUAAUUUUCACGGGUGAAUUUCGGUGGAGCUGUUCCCAGGAGGAGGGAAGAUUCUCGGGCUUCUUUCGUCCUGGUGGCUGUUUUUGGUAGAAUUGAAGUGUCAACCGCGUCACUUUUGGACUGUGUACACGUGGUAAAUUCCUUCCCAUAUUUGUGCGGUUUGCACCAGGUCUAUCCUUUCUGGAUACCGGGUGAGUCGCUGAG